AUGGCGAGCGGGGCGCUGCAGACGCUGGGGCUGCUGCUGGCCCUGCUGGGCUGGGGGGCUCUGCUGGGGGCCACGGCGCUGCCGCAGUGGCAGAGCUCGUCCUUCGGCGCCGACUCCAUCAUCACGGCCGUGGUGGUGCACCAGGGGCUGUGGAUGACCUGCGUCACCAAGAGCACCGGGGUGCAGGAGUGCAAGACCUACGACUCCAUCCUGGCCCUGGGCG